CAACAACAUUUUGACUGUGAAUCUGUGCUACUGUUGUGUUCAGCUAGAGAGCAUUUGUCACACUUGAUGAAGCCAUGUGAUUAUAAACACUUUUGACAGCACAACACAGACGUUAGACGCUUCAUUUUAUUCGAGCAACGCAUUUUUGGUGCCUUUUUCUGCGUGUCAAGUAAAUUAUUUCAAUUUAAUUUUUCGGCCGAUUUCCGAAUUAAAUCCGAUCAAGAACAAACGAUGGAAAAUAACAAAGAAAUAGAAGAACUGAAGAAAGUUGUGCGCGCAAUAAUAUUAUCACUGAAACGAAAUGGCGUUCCAAUCCGUUUACUUGAGAAAAUUUACAAAGAGAGCGAAGGUAAAAAUAUUCCUUUAUUCAAUUAUCACGACACAAUUGAUGUGCUCAACUCAUUGGAUGACACGGUUUACACGGGAGUACGUCAUGGUCAGAUAUUGGUGUUUCCCGUUCAUACUGAUAAAUCACGACAUAUUCAAGAUUUGGUUGCCGGGCAGCAUUCGACUAAACGAUGUGCUCGUGGCAACAUCGGUCGUGCACCACUGAAAACUGAUUUUCGUCAUAAAGAUCCGGAUCGCUCGUCUUCACGCAAAGAAACGCCGAAAAUCAUGGUGAACACCAACUCAAUGCGAAUCAACAAUAACGUGCCGUAUAACAAUAAUUAUUACAAGUAUGCAAAUUCUAUUGAUACACCACAAACAAAUGGUGUUGAAAGCAAACGUCAUACAGACUCUGUCAAUGGCCGUGUACAAUCGAUAUCAAAAACAAAUCACAACGAACAGAUGAACAAUGGUUAUGAUAGAACCAGUGUGAACACGGUCGACACCCAACAAGUGAACGACGACAAUGAUCCGGACAAAGAUGAUAGCAGCUUUGAACUAAAAGUUGACUUUGAAAUGUUACAAUUCGAGGAGCAACACAUUGAAUUUGAUGGUUUGCCGACAAUUAAAUUCGAUAAAUGUUUUACAACUGGUACAUCAUUCCGAGUUUAUUUGACACAAAUUCACAGUCCAUAUCGAUUCUGGUUUCACCUAAAAGAAGACGUCGAACAGAUUGAUACGCUCAUGAGUGGCAUGGAUUAUUUCUAUAAUUCUGAUGAGAGUAUGAUUGCCAAGCGUCCAAUACCCGAACAACAGCUUAUGAUGGGCCGUGUGUGUGCUGCAUUGUUUGAUUCACAAUGGCAUCGUGCGGAAAUCGUUGAAGUUUUGGAUGAAUCACUGGUGGUAUUUUACGUUGAUUAUGGUACGAUUGACGAAGUAGAGAAAAAAAAUGUACGAUUUUUGAACAAACGAUUCUCAAAAAGUCCAAUUUAUGCGCAUCGCGGAUGUUUGGAUCGUUGUAAACCAAACGAUGGAAUUUGGACAUUUGAAGCAAUGAACGUAUUUGAACGACGAAUGAAUGAUUUUAAAGACACGGCAGUUUUGGUUAAAUUGACCAAUGUCAACGUCCCGGAAAAGACCCUCUACUUCGAUAUGUUUGACACCAGAGGAAAAAUUGAUGUAAGCAUCAGCGAAUUCAUGAUUGAUAAUAAUUUGGCAUAUCCGACCAACAAAUUGUUAUUCGAUUUUCAAAAGCGUCAUUAUAACGAAGUGUACCCAUCAUUCGAUAAGUUGGAAAGUGGUAAAUAUCCAUCGAGGGAGCGAAUGAAACAGAUGCUGGACAAUGGUUUUGAUUAUUUGGAAUAUGAAGAUUCGAUACUCAUUCCAGAAAUGUAUGGCUACGAGACAAUUGAGUAGCUAGCUCAGUGGAGAACUUUGACAACGACAUUUUGAUAAUGACUUUUUUCUCUCCUAUCUAUUUACAAUAUUAACUGAUCAAUCGAUUUGAAUUAAAAAUAGAAAUUUAAGUAUUACAGACAAGUUAAA